AUCAUGAGCCCCAACGUCAUGUUCACGUACCUUCAUGUUCUAUACUUCAGGUACCAGUAAUUAUCAUGAGUCCCAACGUCAUGUUCAUGUACCUUCAUGAGGUGGUCGGUAACGUAGACUUCCCUUCGUUCGUACCCAUGAAGGGUCUCCCCAUGAGCUUCAUUGAACGAUUUGUCAACUCCAUCAGCUCCCUCUUCAGCGUGGCCAUGUUCAACUACAGAUAUCUUCCACUUGUUGAAGAGGCAUGCAAAGAAGCAGGUGUUUGCGCCCCCGAAAUGUCACCUCUGCAAGAUAUUACCAGAAGAUCUGCGAUGACUUUCAUUAACAACGUUCAAUCUUUGGAGACACCAGUGCGACCGUACGUGCCUGCAGUCGUCCACGCCGGCGGUCUCAACUGCCGCGCAGCCAAGCCCUUACCCGCGGAUCUCGCGAAUUGGAUUGAAGGCUCUGGGGAUGCGGGCACCAUCUACUUCAGCCUCGGCUCGGCAGUUCAACCCAAGGACAUGCCAGACACUUAUCGAGAAGUGUUCGUAAAUGUGUUCUCAAGUUUACCGCAGCGAGUGAUCUGGAAGUGGCACGAAGGUACCAUGGCGGGAAAACCAUCGAACGUUAAACUAGCCAAGUGGCUGCCACAGCAAGACAUCCUCGGUCAUCCCGGAGUGCGUCUGUUCAUCAGUCAUGGAGGUCUGUUCAGCACGUUCGAGACAACGUACCACGCCGUGCCUAUGCUGGGUAUCCCACUCUUCGCCGACCAGGCCACCAACAUGCACAAGUCUACAGCUGACGGCAUUGCAGAGACCAUCCAAUGGGAUGAUCUAUCUGAAGAAUUGCUUAAAAGAACUAUCGUCAAGAUGCUUAGUGAUGACAAAUACGAGAAGGCCGUGCGGCAACGCUCCUUGCUGAUGCGAGACCAGCCGCUGUCGCCUCAGGAGACCGUCGCGUACUGGACUCAGUACGUCAUCCGACACCGGGGGGCGCCACACCUGCGCUCUCCCAUCAAGGAUCUACCAUGCCCCAACGUGAUGUUUACGUACCUCCAUGAGGUGGUUGGCAACGUAGACUUCCCUUCGUUCGUACCCAUGAUGGGUCUCCCCAUGACCCACCCCAUGAACUUCAUUGAACGAUUUCUCAACUCCAUCAGCUCCCUCUUCAGCUGGCACGAAGAUACCAUGGCGGGAAAACCAUCUAACGUUAAACUAGCCAAGUGGCUGCCACAGCAAGACAUCCUCGGUCAUCCCGGAGUGCGUCUGUUCAUCAGUCAUGGAGGUCUGUUCAGCACGUUCGAGACAACGUACCACGCCGUGCCUAUGCUGGGUAUCCCACUCUUCGCCGACCAGGCCACCAACAUGCACAAGUCUACAGCUGACGGCAUUGCAGAGACCAUCCAAUGGGAUGAUCUAUCUGAAGAAUGGCUUAAAAGAACUAUCGUCAAGAUGCUUAGUGAUGACAAAUACGAGAAGGCAGUGCGGCAACGCUCCAUGCUGAUGCGAGACCAGCCGCUGUCUCCUCAGGAGACCGUCGCGUACUGGACUCAGUACGUCAUCCGCCACCGGGGGGCGCCACACCUGCGCUCUCCCAUCAAGGAUCUACAAUGGUACGAGGUGUACAACGUGGACGUAUGGUUGCUGCUGACGACAACGCUGUUGGGGUCGGUGGCAGGCUUUAUGUUCCUGACUGUAAAGCUCAUCAGGCACUGCUGCCGAGCCUAA